AACAUUUCCACUCGAAAUUUAACGAUCCACAAAGUAGCAUUGUUCUAUUGUUGUGCAGUUAAUUAAUAUUAAAUUAAAAUUAAGUUGAUAUUAUAAUUUUUUAUUUGUUAAAAGCUCUUGUGAUUUUAUAUUAUAUUUUAUCAUUGAUAAAUUCCAUUUUUGUGUUUAAUCAAUCAUAUAGUUACUAUAAAUUAUAAACAGUUUAAUACUAUAGCUUUCAUACAUAUCUAGUCUAAAUGAAAAAAUUGUAAAAUAUUCAUCAGUUAAAAAAUGAUCUGUGAUUUUGGUUUUUAGCAAAAGGUGUCUACAAAAGACAAUUUUUCGAAAACUUUGACAUUUUUUAAAAAUUAAACCGCAUGGAAACCAAAUUUGUAUUUAAACAGUUGAAUAAUUUCAACCUAAAUCACCGAACAGACGGUGAUAGGUAUUUGGCCACUAAGAAUAUAUUAGGUAGCCGCAUGAGGAGAAUUGGAGUUAGGAAGCGAAAAAGUAAACAAAUUAAGUUAACGGAAUGGCGGACAAUGUCAAUACAGCCGAUCCAGAAGCAAAUUUAUUAAAUAUUAAUAAGGCUAUCAAAAUUAGUGAUCUCGUUAAUAAUAUUAAUAAUGUUAAAGAAAAUAAAACACAAUGCAAUUUACUUUCUCCGAACAAUGAUACUAGAAAUAACAUAACUAUAGAUAAUAAGAAUCAUGUUACCUUUUAUAAUAAUGAAUCUAAUCAUAUUUGUUCCAAACACUUCAAUGAUUCAUACACUUCAUACACUACUACAGAUUCAGAUGAAUCCUCAUCUUCAUCAUCAACAGAAACACUUAAUAGAGCACCCGAUGGUGGAUGGGGAUGGGUUGUAGUGUUUGCAUCAUUCAUGGUCAAUUUAAUAGCUGAUGGUGUAACUUUUUCAUUUGGUGUUAUAUUCAUAGAAUUUGAAAAAUACUUUGAUGAAGGAAAAAGUAAAACUGCAUGGAUAGGUUCUCUUUUUAUGGCUGUUCCACUUCUUUCAGGACCAAUAGCUAGUUUUUUGACUGAUAGAUAUGGCUGUCAAAAAGUUACAAUUAUUGGCUCAAUAAUAGCAUCUACUGGAUUUGUUCUGUCUGCAUUUGCAGAUUCUUUAAUUGUUUUGUUUAUUACCUUUGGGUUUAUAUCUGGAUUUGGUUUAUCAUUAUGUUAUGUCGCUGCUGUUGUGAUAGUUGCUUACUAUUUUGAUAAAAAACGAUCAUUUGCAACUGGACUAUCAGUAUGUGGAAGUGGUAUUGGUACAGUUAUAUUUGCUCCAGUUAAUCAUAUGCUUUUAAGUUAUUUUGGAUGGAGAGGUUGUACAUUAAUCUUAGCUGGUCUUUUUUUAAAUUUGUGUAUAUUUGGUAUGCUUAUGAGAGAUCUUCCAUGGACCAAAGAAAAACUACAAAAUGAGAGAAAAAAGAAAAAACAUGCUAGGCUUAUCAAACGCAGAUUAAAGUCUACAACCAGCUAUGACCGACAUUCCCAACACACUCAAUUGCAAACAUCGCCUAUGUCAGGAAGCAAUGAAGAAGUAGAAAAUACGAUACCAAUAGAUUUAGAAAAUGAACGUGGGUUACCAAACAUUACCAAAGAUUUACGACUGUGUAAUUCCCUUGUAAAUUUACCUACAUUUAUAAGAAAUCAUGAGAAUGUUCCUUUAGAAGUACUUGAAGCUCUUACCCAAAAAAAACAUUUGUACUCUGUGUUAAUACAAAAUUAUCCUAGUUUGCUAUUACCAUCAAGAAGUUUCAGUGAUAGUGGACGUUUAAAUGAUUUGGGAAAUUUAUCACCAACACAAAGUUUACAUUUACAAAAACUGUUAGACUUGCAUACAAAACUUGAAGAACAAUCAAAUAAAAAUCCAUUUGUUAACAAUGUAGAUGAAAAAAUAGAAUCAGUUCCUAUUAACAAUGAGUAUGAUGUCCUUAAAAAUAAUGAUGAUUAUAUUUGGUGGAUAAAAAAAGAUAAUCAACAAGUUAAACGGCUUCAAACUGCGUAUCUACAAGAUAUUAAAAUUCAUAGACAUUCAUUAACAUAUAGAGGAGCAAUGCUCAAUAUUAACAGAUAUCGUUUAAGAGCUUCAUCUUGCCCAAAUAUUUAUAGAAAUUCUAUGACUACAAUUGCUAAAGAAAAACAAGAAUGGUCAGCUGGUCUAUGGGAGCUUUGGUACUUACUUUUAGACAUGAUGGAUUUUUCUCAUUUCAAAAACAUGCAUUUUUUAUUAUUUGCACUUUCUAACUUUCUUUUAUAUACAUGGUAUGAUGUGCCUUAUGUUUAUUUGGCUGACCUGGCUACACUUAGAGGGUAUACUCAAGAAGAUGCAUCAUAUUUAAUUAGUAUGAUUGGAUUUUUAAAUAUGUUUGGAGAGGUAUUAUUAGGUUGGGCUGGAGACAAAGCGUGGGUUAAUGCUAAUACUGUAUAUGCUGGUUCAAUGGUGUUAUGCGGAAUUGUAAUUGCUUUAGUUCCACUGUUUAAAAGUUAUGCCAGCCUUUCAAUAUUAUCUGCAUUGUUUGGCUUAUUCAUAUCUGCUAAUUACUCAUUUACUUCAAUUAUAUUAGUUGAAAUAAUCACAUUAGAACGGUUUACCAAUGCUUAUGGUGUAUUGCUAUUAGUUCAAGGAAUCGCUAAUUUAAUUGGACCACCUCUUGCUGGUGGCAUCUAUGACAUAACACAGACGUAUGACUUGUCCUUUUACUUAGGAGGAUUCUUCAUAGCAAUUUCAGGAUUUUUAUUAUGCGUUUAUCCACUUGUUAAAAUGAUUUCAAGACGUAGAAGAAACCAAAUUUUAAGUAAUCACAAAAAUAAAAUAAACGAUAUUGCUACUCCAGAUUGUAAAAAGUGUAGUACAUUAAAUAAUGACAUUUUAUUUAUUCCCAAAAGACAUUCAAUCUCAGCUACCAACGUCUAACAAGUGAAGUUAAUAAUGAACCUGAAAAGUUUUACUUCUUAAGCUCAUUUCUUUUUCACAAUCAAAUAUUUAAAUUGACAGUUUAUUUAUUGUUUUUGUUUGAUACAAAAUCUCAUUGUUCUAUCAACCAUUUAAAAUUCAAAUUUGUUGAACUAUUAUUAGCUAAGUAUCAUGUUAUUUAUCAACUUUAGUUAUUGUCAUAAAUAUUGACUAUGCAAAGUAGUAUUUUUUUUUUUUUAUUAAAACUUAUUUUCUAAAUCCACAAUAAAAAAAAAAAUUAUUUUUUAUUGUACAAUUUUAAUGUAUUGUAUGUAUUAAUAACAGUAAUUGUAAUAUUAGU